UGGAAUGGAAGUGUAGAUUUUGAUCACAAUUAAUGUCAUAUCCUGUUCUCAUGAACGGAUAUCUCUGAAACAAACUUUAUGGAAGAAUAAAUGGGACAGAAAAGCAACGUUACAGAGUUUAUCCUGCUGGGUCUCACUCAGGAUCCUGCUGGUCAAAAAGCAUUGUUUGUCAUGUUUUUACUCAUCUACAUUGUGACGAUGGUGGGCAACCUGCUCAUUGUGGGGACAGUGAUUGCCAGCCCUUCCUUGGACUCUCCAAUGUACUUCUUUCUUGCUUUUCUGUCACUCAUGGAUGCUGUUUAUUCUACUGCCAUCUUGCCCAAGUUGCUUACAGACUUAGUUUGUGAAAAAAAGACCAUCUCUUUCACAGCUUGUCUGGUUCAGCUUUUUGUGGAGCACUUAUUUGGUGGUGCUGAGGUCUUCAUUUUGGUGGCGAUGGCCUAUGAUCGCUAUGUGGCCAUCUGUAAGCCACUGCACUAUUUGACCAUCAUGAAUCGACAGGUUUGCGUUCUCUUGCUUUUGGCCUCCUGGGCUGGAGGAUUGGCUCAUGCUCUGCUUCAAGUUAUCUCUGUUUAUAUACUUCCUUUUUGUGGACCCAAUGUCAUUGACCACUUUGCUUGUGACAUGUACCCAUUAUUAGGCCUUGCAUGCACUGACACCUACUUCCUUGGCCUCACUGUUGUUGGAAAUAAUGGAGCAAUGUCUGUAGUGGUCUUUAUCCUUCUCCUUGGCUCAUAUGGAAUCAUUCUGAACUCUCUUAAGACUCACAGUCAGGAAGGGAGACGUAAAGCCCUGUCCACUUGCAGCUCCCAUGUCAUGGUGGUUGUCCUCUUCUUUGUUCCCUGCAUUUUCAUGUAUGUUAGACCUGUCUCCAACUUUCCUAUUGAUAAAUAUAUUACUGUAUUUUAUACAAUUUUCACUCCCAUGUUGAAUCCUUUAAUAUACACUCUGAGAAACCUUGAGAUUAAAAAUGCCAUGGCAAAGCUAUGGAGUAACAUGUUCACUACAGACAUAAUAAGAAUUUCUCCUCACUAAACAUGCUACUAA